GGAAGACUUUUGAAACUUAUUGUCUAAAAGAAGCUUUAGACAUUUGUAUCAGUAUGACUUAAAAAUUAUUUCAUUAUAGGUAAAAUGAGAAUUUUAAAGUUGAAUUAUUUCUAAAUAUAGAAAGAUGACAUUCAUAUUGGGACAAACUAAAAAUGAUAGGAUGCCACAUGAAUGAAGCUAGAGGGAGUAGUUACAAAGACAUGGCUGUUUGUCAUAAUACAGUUACAGUGUAAUUCCCAGCAUCACGUUUGGUUGUACAGGUGUAAUUAGAGAAAACAACAUAAAUAGUCCGUUAUCUUUGGUAGUAGAUUCAACAUAGUCCCUUAAGUAUCACUUGAGCAGUUUUGGUCCUUUAAGUUUGUCAAAAGUGAGCACUUUUGCUCUUCAUCAGAUAUUUACCAAACUCCAAUUGAUAAAUUUAAUUAGAACAGUGAAAAUGAGAAGUACUUAAUGGGAACUCACAUUUGGAAGUACGCCAUUUGUAGUUUAUGUUAUUUUUGGUCCAUUUCAAUCAGAGUUUGAUAAAUAUUUGAUGGAAACCAAAAGUGCUCUAUUUGAUAAACUUAAAAGGACUAUUCUGACCCUACUACCAAAGAUAAGGAACCUUUAAUUUUCUUUUAGAAAAAAGGAAGAAAACAAUAAAGAAAAAGGCGAAAGACUUGCAUAGUAUUGCUCAAGUAAAACAUAUGAGAUAUUUAAUAUUUUAUGUCUAGAAAUUGACAAGUUUGGAAAGUGAUCUUUCCUUCUUUUUUGUUGUGUGUGGAAAGUGACUUCAUUCUUUUCCCACUUCUCUUACUGUUUCUCCUUCACAUCAUUUGUUUUAUUUUGGCUCUGCUAUCACUGGUAUACUGUCUUAUUUCACUUCAUUACUGCUUCCACUUGGUGUUUUGAGAACUAAAGAGUCAAUUUAAGCACAACAUUGAAUUUAUCAUAAAAACUGAAAAAACAAUCUGUUGGAGGGAAAAAGUGGGAAUGGCUCACGCUGCUGUCGUGUCUCUUCAACAAAAACUGCAGGAAAUGCUGAAAGGUGACGAUUCGCGUUACCCUAGACUAUGUGAAGCUGUCAGUUCCUGGCAUGCUUUUUUGGAGGACUCUCUGUCGGUUAGAAAUGCUCCAGAAGCAGUGGAACAUUUGGAGAAGUGGGUUAAAGAUUUGGCAACUCAACUUCUAGAUGGUAUCCACUUAUAUGAAUUGGAAAAAAGAUCACCUGAUUUCAGUCCAGUAGGUUCGAAAGUGUUCCAGGAAGUGGUAGUGACUGCAGGUUCCGAUAGCAUAAAGGCAUAUGUGAUGAAGGUUAUGAAUGCUCAAAAUGAUAAUGAUGCUCUACCAACACAGGAUACCGUGGAGAGUGAUUCAAAAUGCAUUCCGCAUCUCCAAGCUACUAUGUUAGACCUUGAUAAUGACUUAAUGACUAUCAAAUCUCGGCUUAUAGGACCUCCUUCAAAGCUAACUGUCGUCUCAAUUGUUGGCAUGGGAGGAAUUGGCAAAACGACUCUUGCUAGAAAAGUUUAUGAUGAUAUUUACAUGGAGCAUCACUUCUACAUUCGUGCUUGGAUUACUGUAUCUCAAAUGCAUCAACAUAGAGAAAUGUUGUUGGGCAUUUUGCGGUGUUUUUCACUGGUUAAUGACAACACUUACCUAAAAAAUACUGAGCAAUUGGCAGAACAAGUAUACAGAAGUUUGAAAGGAAGGAGAUAUCUCAUUGUAAUGGAUGAUGUGUGGGACACCAAUGCAUGGGAUGUUGUGAAAAGAUCUUUUCCAGAUGAGAAAAAUGGAAGCCGUGUCAUACUUACUAGUCGACUUGCAAAUGUUGGUAUCUAUGCUAGCUCAGGCAGCCCUCCUCAUUACAUGCAGUGCCUUAGUGUGGACCAGAGCUUGAAGUUGUUCAACUUAAAGGUGUUUGGAAGGGAGACUUGCCCCCUUGAACUGGAGAAAGCUACAAAGCAAAUAGUCGAGAAAUGUCAAGGACUACCACUAGCAAUAGUUGUGGUGGCUGGAUUUUGUUCAAAGAUUAGCAAGACGGAAGACUGUUGGGAAGACGUAGCACAUAAAAUUGGUCUGGUUGUGAGUAGGGAAACAGAAGAAUGCAUGGACUUACUUGCGUUGAGUUAUAAACAUUUGCCGCUUCACUUGAAGACAUGCUUCCUGUAUAUGGGAGCUUUUCCAAAAGACUUUGAGAUAACUGUUUCAAAACUAAUGAAGCUAUGGAUUGCUGCGGAAUUCGUAAAACGCACACCUGAAAAGGACUUCGAAGAAGUUGCCCACGGGUACCUAAGAGAUCUUAUAGAUAGAAGUCUGAUUAUGGUUAAGAAAUUGACCUCAAGUGGCGAAGUAAAAACAUGCAAGGUUCAUGAUCUGUUGCAUGAUCUAAUCAUACGAGAAGCAUGGAAGGAGAGAUUAAUCUACUUUACCAAAUCAAAUGUCAUUCUUUCUCCACCAGUGGCAUCUUUUGAGCAUCGAAUCAUUUUCAAUUUUCACAGAGCCCCAUCAACACAUUUAAAGCAUGUUUAUGAUAAACCUUUACUUCCUUGUGCAAGUUCCUUUCUUUGUUUUGGACGAGAUGGAACUCCUAGAUGCUGUUCUCAGGUUGAUUCGUUUGUCACCUUUACUAACUUCAAAUGGUUAACUGUAUUGGAUAUAUGUUUUCAGCCAUUUGACCAUUUACCUUGUGAAAUAUGGAAAUUAUCUACACUGAGGUAUCUUGCCCUCGCCAGUUUUAGUGUUCUCCCACCAUCAGUGUGCAAUCUUAGGUAUCUUCAGACACUAAUUCGAUACAGUCACCAGGCUAGUAUUUGUUUGCCGGCAGAGAUAUGGGAGAUCAAAAACUUAAGGCAUCUUUAUUUCAGGAAAUGCUGCUACUUUCCUAUUGUUCAAUCUAUACAAAAAGAUUCUCUGGGAAGUUCUAGGCACUCUAAUCUUGCAUUAACCAAGCUACGAACCAUCUCUUACAUUACCUUUGGUAGUAUAAAAAGACGCGUCCUCAAACGCAUGCACAAGUUGAAGAAGUUAGGAAUUCGUGAAAGUGAAGAAGAGUGCUUGACAGCUGAGCAAAUGUCUGGAAACCUCAAGAAACUGGUUCUGUUGGAGCACCUUGAAACAUUCAAGGGUUUCUUUAUCAAACCAUGGAUACCUAAACAAUGUGAUGUUUUCCCACCAACCCUCAAGAAAUUGACGUUGCGGGGGUGCCAACUUCCAUGGGACCAAAUGACGAUACUGUGCAAGUUACCCAAACUCGAGGUGCUCAAGCUCAAGCAUUAUGCUUUCCAAGGAUCAGAAUGGGAAUCAACUGACGAACGUUUUCAACAGCUAAAAUUCCUACUGUUAGAUGGGACUGAUCUUAUCCACUGGAAAGCCAGUUCUAUUCAAUUCCCUAAGCUUGAGAAUCUUGUUCUGAAGAACUGUGGUUGCCUGUAUGAGAUUCCUGAUGAUGUAGCGGAAAUACCUACACUGCUGUUCAUUGAAUUGUAUCACUGUAGCUCUUCAGCUGACGACUCUGCAAAUAGGAUUCGAGAAGAACAAAUUAGCAUGGGAAAUGAUGAUCUUGUGGUGCGGAUCCACAAAUUCCCAAACUGUGAGUGUUAUAUUCGUUCAUCAAAUUCUCUGGUGCAUUGAAUAAAACUUUCUUUUGCACAAACUACAAAAUCAACUAAUACCAUCCCAUAAUAAUGUUUUUGCUCUAUCUAAAGUCUAAACCUUUGUAUAUUUCCACAUCCGCGGUCUAUAAACUGUAG